ACUGCACCCAGAGCGUCAAUGGAAUCACCGGCAGAGCCAGCUGGAAACCCUUCCAAAGCUUCUUGGAAUCUUUUUGGGUCCAACAACCUUCUCCAGCGGACCAGCCUAAUAGAGGCGAGAAGGAACAGCUGCUGCCCCAUAACCAAACUCAGGCGUUCCCCAUUGUUCUCUGUGCAAGGACAGUUCCUGGGCGCGAUGACGUCACGGGGACGCGGCCUCGGGAACGCCUGCGGCCGCAAAAGGCGGGAUGCUGCGGUUGCGGACCCGGUGGUGACGGCGGGAAGGAAAAUGACUGGAGGUGGGAAGCGGAGACCCCGGGCGGCCGUGCAGGGGCUGGAAGAGUGUGAAAAAACUAAGGAAAUGAAGAAGAGGCGAUCUAGUGAAGCAGAUAUCCCUGAAGACCUACGCCAAGAGGUAGAAAGUUGCUAUCUGCUCAAGAUGCCUGAAGACUUCUAUCACUUCUGGAAAUUUUGUCAGGAACUGGAUCCUGAAAAGCCAUGUGAUGCUCUUAAAUCAAGUAUUGGACUUGAGCUAGUUGGGCCAUAUGACAUUCUUGCUGGAAAACACAAAAAGACUAACAGAUCAGGAGAUGUGAACUUCAAUCUUCACUGGAGGUUUUUUUAUGAUCCUCCUGAAUUCCAAACUAUUUUCAUCGGGGACAACAAAACACAGUAUCAUGUGGGAUAUUUCAGGGACUUACCAGAUGAACUACCAGUAUGGGUUGGUGAAAAUGAAGCAAAGAGAGGCUGCAUGAUUUCUCAAAUUGGUGACAAUGUAUUUGCUGCUGUGAAAUUAUUUUUGUCCAAAAAGCUUAAGGAAUUGACUGAUAAAAAGAAGAGUGGUGUUUUGAAAGAGAUAGAUGAAAAGCUAACCAAAACAGCAAAAGAAUUGGGUUAUUUGCUGGAGCAAAAAACGAUGAAGAUGAAACAGAGAGAUAAGAAAGUUGUGAGCAAGACAUUUCAUGGAGCUGGUUUGGUGGUUCCUAUAGAUAAGAAUGAUGUUGGAUAUAGAGAACUUCCUGAGACAAAUGCUGGUCUCAAAAGAAUCUGUAAAGCUAUUGUAGAUGCGCCUAAUGAUGACCAGAGACUGAAAGCCUUUGCCCCAAUUCAGGAGAUGUUAACAUUUGUUCAGUUUGCUAAUGAUGAAUGUGACUAUGGAAUGGGGUAUGAACUGGGCAUAGACCUCUUCUGCUUUGGAUCACAUUAUUUUCACAAGAUUGUUGGCCAGUUGCUUCCUCUAGCUUACAACUUGCUGAAGAGGAAUCUAUUUGCAGAAAUUAUUGAAGCUCAUUUAGCUAACAGAAAGGAAGAUAACGUAGACCAGCUUGCAGCAUAAUAUAAAUAGUAUAGUGAAAUACCAAGGGCCUAGGGAUGGGGUGGGGAGUUGUGUUCAUUCUGGGAAGUGUGUGUGUGUGUGAUUUUGGUUUUUGUUAUUUUGCUAAACAAAUGUAGUUCCACAUGUGACAAAUAAACUUUUUUUUAAAAAAUA